GUCAUUUGCUCGUUAGCGCACAAACUUGACGAUAAGUUGAGUGACACCUCAACUUCAUUAAAAUUAUAUUUUUAAACUCUUCUUUGGUGUAGUGUUAGCAGUCGACCGUUUCAUUACUUGGCUUAUCAACGCUGUUAAAGGAAGUUUACUAAAUAGAUAUCACGAUGUCGUCCCGCAAGACUGCUGGCCGCCGCGGCACGAACAAGAAGCGCGCCCAGCGUGCCACCUCCAAUGUGUUCGCUAUGUUCGACCAAGCCCAGAUUGCGGAGUUCAAGGAGGCUUUCAACAUGAUUGACCAGAACAGAGACGGCUUUGUGGAUAAAGAUGACCUGCAUGAUAUGUUGGCCUCUCUUGGUAAGAACCCAACAGAAGAUUACUUGGAAGGCAUGAUGAACGAGGCCCCCGGCCCCAUUAACUUCACAAUGUUCCUCACCCUCUUCGGUGAGCGUCUGCAGGGCACCGACCCUGAGGAUGUCAUCAAGAAUGCAUUUGGAUGCUUUGACGAAGAGAACCAAGGCGUGAUAAACGAGGAACGUCUCCGUGAGCUGCUAACCACUAUGGGUGACAGGUUCACCGACGAUGACGUAGACGAAAUGCUGCGCGAGGCACCCAUCCGUGAUGGCCUCUUCGACUAUGUGGAGUUCACCCGCAUCCUCAAACAUGGCGCCAAGGAUAAAGACGAACAGUAGGUCUCAAAACUAAGGUGGGUCAGAGUACAUUAGAGGUUCAUAAUCAUGUAGCACCUAUUGGAAUAACAGAAUAGUGUAGAGUUUUGUACUUAAUGACUUGUACUACAUUUCUCAUUGAUUUGCUUCAAGUAAGCUGUUUGAGAAAUUUUGGCUAAUGAAAGACAAUAUUUCAUGUUCUCUAACGUAGGUUCGACACCCGCCUUAAAAUCGCCAUUUUAUUACAUAAUUAUAUUAUUGCCAAACUAAGAAAUUGGUAAGAUAAAAUCAGUAGAAUUUUAAGUUAGAUUCAUAUGGAUUUCAGAAUAAUCUCUUAAAGAUACUGAGGUGCUAAAUAUACCCUAGUUCUUACGAAUUUUGCAUUUCCAUUUCGCAUUUUGAAAUUAAAUUUGUAAUUCCAUAUUAUUGGACCAUUCUAAGUUUAAGUUUGGCUUGAGUUUUUUUUCUUAUGUAUCCAUGUAUACGGAAAUUAGUUAAUAAAAUUAAAUUGCAAGUAUUACUGGCAACACUGUUAUUUUUGUUAUCUGUGUAUUUAAAUAUUGGUUCAUGUAAGUGAAUGAUGUAUUAAAUACAAAGCAGGCUCUUGGGUGCAAUAUAAUUCCAUGCUGGCAUUUAUUCAAUGUUUUUAUUGUCUCAUGUAUUGUUUGUGUUUAAAAUAACCAAGAACAACGAAAAAUAAAAGGACAUGCCUUGACAAAUGAUUUGCUACAUAAAUAUUCUGCCAGUCCUUUUGAUAGUCAGUGUUGCCAAUUGAUUUAAAUUCUUCCAAUUGGCCAAGUAUUAAUUAAUCAUUCCUCGAAUUAGAUACUAACAAUCCUUUCAAAAAUGAAGUCUUUUUAAGUUAAAAUGACACUGCAAUUUGUUUUUAAAUUAUGAAUUUUAUAGAUUUAGGUUUCAAUAAAAUUAACUUAUAGUAUUAACAUAAUGUGUGUAUAAGUUGUGUAAUCAUGUAUGUAUGUAUUUGUUUUCAUUUAUUUACAUUAUAAAUUUUAUAUCUUG